GUUCCUCUCCGUGUCCCUGAUGAUAGAAGAGGCCGCGGGGUAUUGUUGCCUCAUACAUGUGGCGUCAUGAGCACACUCCCACUUGUCUGUGCGGAAAUCUGAACUCUGGGCGGGCUGGGGACCGUGGGGACCGCGGUCCGUCCAUUUCCCUGUGUCAGAGCUCCUGUCAUGCUACUUUAAGAGAUGCUUUGACAAAGUUUGCUAGUGGCCUGCUACCUUUGAUUUCUAACAAUGGCGGAUUCGGGUGCAUCUGGGGUUACGCUCAGGAGAAGGGCGACCUUCGCGGUGGGAAGAGCAGGGAGUCUCAUGCCGAUGAACGGAGCCUCCGUGGCCGCGUCUCCGAGCGCGGACAGCCCGGAACAGAGCGCAGACAUCCCGGGAAAGAAACACGCAGCACCGGAAGCAACGCGAUCAAAGGGCAAAAGUGGAAAACACAAGCGGAGAAAUGACAAACCCAGUGAUAUGCUCAGUUGUCAUAAAACACAGGAGUCACUGCUUAGUUCUGCCAGUGGUUACAACAACUACAGAGGAGUCCUCAACUGGUGUGUGGUGAUGCUGAUUCUCAGUAAUGCUCGACUCUUCUUAGAAAAUCUACUUAGACAUGGCAUUCUGGUAGAUCCCAUUCAGGUUGUGUCAUUAUUCUUGAAGGAUCCUUAUAGCUGGCCAGCUGCCUGUCUAGUGAUUGUGUCUAACCUGUUCAUUAUGGUGGCCCUCUACACUGAGAGACAGCUUUCAAAAGGCUCUUUUGGUGAGCUUGUUGGAUUUGUAGUCCACUGCAUUAACCUGACAGUCAUGCUAACCUUCCCUGCAGCAGUGGUCCUAAUGGUCCCCUCAGUGACCCCAGUUGGAGGGGUGUUUGCUUUGGGCAUCUACACCAUCCUCUUCCUAAAGCUUUACUCCUACAGAGAUGUCAACAUGUGGUGCAGGGAUUUGAGCAGCGCCAAAGCCAAAAAACUGUCCCGAUCGCUCUCCUGCCCCUCUGGAUUUGCUGGGGAUGAUUCAAAGGUGUGUUACCCUGGAAACCUUACUAUGAAAGACAUGUAUUACUUUGUUUUCGCCCCCACUCUGUGCUACGAACUCAACUUCCCACGGUCUCCCAAAAUCCGAAUGAGUUUUCUUGUAAGGAGACUGGUUGAAAUGCUGUUCUUCACCCAGCUGCUAGUUGCUCUCACUCAACAGUGGAUGGUUCCUAUCAUACAAAGCUCAAUGAAACCACUUGAGGAUAUGGACCUUUCCAGAAUGAUGGAGAGGCUUCUUCGACUUGCAGUGCCUAAUCACUUGCUGUGGCUCAUGUUUUUCUACUGGUUCUUCCACUCAUCCUUGAAUUUCACUGCUGAGCUGCUGCGCUUCGGUGACAGGCAGUUUUACAAGGACUGGUGGAACGCUGAGACAGUGACUUAUUUCUGGCAGAACUGGAACAUCCCUGUUCACAAGUGGUGUUUACGGCACUUUUACAAGCCAUUGAUAAAAAGAGGGUUCAGCAAAAUAGUGAGCCAGUCAGCAGUUUUCUUCUUGUCAGCCUUCUUCCACGAGUACCUGGUCAGUGUUCCUCUGAGGAUGUUCAGACUCUGGGCAUUUAUGGGCAUGAUGGCUCAGCUUCCACUGGCCUGGUUUGUUGGCAACCUUCUGCGUGGCAACUAUGGCAAUGCUGCAGUGUGGAUGUCCCUGAUCAUCGGACAGCCGUUUGCCAUUCUGAUGUAUGUCCAUGACUACUAUGUGCUCCACUACAGACAGGACACAGACUAAGCCAAAGUCCUCUAUAAACCAUGCCAACUAAAGUCACUCAGGAACACACAGACUUCAGGGCAUUCAGCGUCAUACUGGAUCUAUCAAACAGACGCAGACUUUAUGUCAGACAGAGAUUUUAUAUCAGCACUAAAAGCUCAAAAUCAUACCAAAACUCUAAUUAAUAUUUAGAGCAGCUAUAUAACCAUAGACACAGAAAGCUUUAGACAUUUACAAUGCCAUGGUUCAAAUUGUUACAAGAUUUCUUUGAGUCAAUUACGUUUGACCUGUAUCCUAGUCACAAAUGCUGAAUACUGUACUGAUCAACAUUUUAUGCAUAACUUGCUGCAACAAAGACAAAUUUCGAUUUUAAAGUGCAGCUAUACUUUUAUAUGAUGAUAUAACUAGGUCCAACUUCUGAGUAUCAAGCUUUUGUUAUUUUCUUCUUAAGAACUGAGUUUUUACAACACUCAGUGUAAUUUCAAUGCAAGUAUAUGUCCACAUGGUCGGCACAUGUAGCAUCUCAAAUAUGAAACUUGGAAUAAAGGUUUACAUAGUUUUUAAUAUUAAUAUAAACUACUAGUGUUGCAGAGGGUGUGGUACUGUCUCUUGCCAUUUUACAUGAAAAUGUUACACAGUUAAAAUGUUCUAUGCAAUGUAUAAUUUUAUUUGUUUUAUUUGAGUGUUUUUGGAGACGAACACUCAAGACUUUAUUUUUGUGAACAAUGGGGUUGUCAUAGCUAAUUUAAAAAUAAAAAGGUUUAAUGAAGUGUGACCACUACUUUAAUGUUUUCUAUAAAAGCAAUUAUAAGAGAUUUUGUUUUAGUCAUAGAACAAGUUUCACUCCAUCAUGUUUGAUAAAUGUCCCAUUUUCACUAGUAACCAUUUACUGUUGAGACCGGGACUUCAAUUUCAAUUCAACAGGUGC